AUGGUGACGAUGCUGCUUCCAGUCGCUCUCUGCCUCAGUAAGGAUGCUUAUUUAACUAAUGUCUGAUUGAUAAAAUGAAUGUUGACUGUGUUCAUGUCUGUGAAAAAGUUUGCAAAUCUGCAGUGGCGUUUUGUGUCUUUUCUAAAGACUAGACUAAGAUUUAACCACAGGUUUAUGAAAAGAGUUUCAGCACAAGAAGUUAAAAUGUUUUCUUUCAAUUGAACUUUAUCUGAAAAUGAAAUCAAUUUAAAACAUCUUAUUAUCUUAAUUACAGCUUCACCUUCCAAUUAUGUUGUACGUGUUUGUGUGAAUACAACACUGUUUAAGUAAGAGUGACUCCUACUGUCUAUUCUUUUGUAAGGGUAUUUAGAGCGAUUUUUCUACCAUAAGAUUACUAUGACGGAAACUCUUUUUAGCAACUAAGACAUUUCAAAAUUAUUUAUAAUCUCUGCAUCUUUCUAUCUGGGCAAAGUCUUUAAAUGUGUAAAAUUCAUAUAUAGUGGAUAAAAUAAUUAGCCAGUGCCAGAUUGCCAGCUUUAUAAAGGGUAUAUUUUUUAAUAGUUGCAGUGAGGCAUAUACAAGUAAUUGAGUCACAUUGACGUAAAAUUUGCAGUUGCCACACGUAGUUGUGGCUGGCAUUGUGUUGGUUGCCUCUUACGGAUGCUGUUUUUCAUGGUCUUGGCUCUUUGAAUAUAGAGGUGGUAAACUGAUGCAACAGUAUGUGAUGAUUUUCUCCUGAGAUUUUGUCUGUGAUGUGAGGAAGGAAAAGAGAGAACAAACUGUUGCCAUAUCAAAAGGUAGGUUCAAGAUUAAAAACAAGCUUCACUUUGUAUGUUUCAGAGAAUGCGUAUUGUUGUCAGAGUUUGGCGUGGGGCCUUUUAACCUUAUUCAGUGACAUUAGCGGUCAAACUCAACUGCACAUAGAGCAAAUUACUGCUGCAGAGCUUUAAAAUGUUGUGAAACACCUACACCAGGAGAGAGUAAGCUGAUACAAGAGUAGAUUAACAACCACAGUUUUGAAGUGAGGUGUUUUAAUCCCAGGUGGCUUUAGUGUUUUUGUGUCCACCCAUAUUAGCCAUGUGGUGCAGUAUUCCUGUCACACAACUUCCACUGGGCUGCUGAAACUUCUAAUAUCAAGAAUAGUCAUCUGUCCCACCUUUACUGUGGAGACUCAAAUCAGCCUCAGAGAUGUGUUAUGUAUGAGCUGAUCAAUGGACUCAAGCAGAUAUCACAUGGUUUUGUAGUCUUUCUCCAAAUUUGGCGCCGAGAAUGUAUAAUCCCUCCAGAUGAAUGGGAUACAACAUAUUUCUGUAUUUGUUUGAUCCAUCAAAAGACCAGAUGGAUCAUGCCUCUAUAAAUAAACAAAUACUGUUUCACUUCACAAGAUCAAACACAGCAACCCAAAGAAUCUGCAGUCUCACUUCCAGCUCAUAACUAACUCCAACUUGGUUGAUUGUUUUCCAUCCAAAUGAAAAGAGAGGCACAUAUGCCACGCUCACCACAUCAACAUAUUUCUUUAUAAGUUUGAAUGACAGUUUGAUGAAAAUGAUCAAAUAUUCAUCACAUAUAUUUCUCUCCACAGGCCUCGUCCCCGUGUGCUUCGGAGCUGCGAUUUCUGUGUCAUGUGGCUCCAUCUACAAGAGUUUUGCUCAGUGUUUAGUCACACUUGGAGACAGUUUGGUGGAAACUCAAAAAGACCAGAGUACGCAGGACAUUGCUGCUGUUUGCAGGUGUGUCACCAGUAGCAACACCUUAAAAUGAUAGUUCAAGCUUUCUCAAGCUUUCCUAUGAGGCUGAAACACAGCUUGAAUAUAGUCUAUUUUGAUGGAUAUUCCUAUGAAACCAAUGACAACCCUGACAGCUGCAGCUGCUCUUAAUCUUUUGCUAAUUAGCCACUGCUAGCACACUAACACACUGAAUUAAGGUAAAAAAAACUCCACCAUGAUAAUAAGGUUACUUCAAAACACAAGGUUUUACAUUGACAACUGGAGCAUGUUAGCGUGCCAACAUUAGCAUUAACCAAGGCAUGGAGUUUGAACAGCUUCACAGAACUGCUAGCAUGACUUUAGACUUGACGCUCAUUCACACAUUACUAUUUUCGCACAUCAUGCUCAAUUUAGUGCAAUGCAGUUGUAUUUUCACAGUUUUGUUCCUGGCCGUAAGUUGUGUAGGGUAUCACAACGAUCAAUCAGCAACUGAAAAAACAAGUAACAAUAAAAAUCUGAGGGGUCUUUUCCUCUUGACCGAUCCAACAAACUACGAGAAUUAAACAAGCUGAUGAUAUAGCUGACCCCCCCAAAAAAUCUGUGUUUUUAGAUGCAAAUUGCUCUUAAGAGUGCUCUAUUUUUAAUUUUUACCUUUACUUUUUGUGAUACUUUACUUUUGGUAACAAUGUAGGUGACAUGAGAAAAAACCUGUGGAGUUUUCUGCUGCUGUAUCGGUGGUGACAAAGUCAAACUCUGUUUGCUCACACACAAAAAACGCCUUUACAUCAUCAUUGUUAUCCCCACAUCAGACCGGAUCAUUGACUGUAGCUGACACCUCACACUUAACUUAAUCAACCAACUGCACAGAGGGCGUAAUUAUUCUUUAGAGUUGAAUCAAGACUGUUUUCAAACAUUUUAUUUUAUGUUAAAAUAAAAGCUGGUGUCUCUCUAGAUUGUUAGUUUGGACUGCCUCGUGAUUUGCUGAUGAAUUAAAAAGCAAUGAACACAAAAUAAUUUCAAAUGCCCCAAAUACUACCCACCAGUAGUACAGCAUUAGGCCGUAGAUUAUUAAAAGAGCACUUUAGCCCUUGCUGAGUGGACAUGAGAGGGAAAUGGCUUCAGUGUACCAGAUUUAUAAUUGUGAUUAACCCCAGACUUUGCAUUUCUAUUCAAAUACACCGAUUUUAGAAUCUCUCAUUUUAUUGUUUUGGAAUCAUGGCCUACAACUGUUUUAUUUUAGACCUCGGUCCCUGCAGUGGAAACAUACUAAGUUCCUUGAGAAAAUUUCUGCUGUAAAAAGUGUCUUUAUUCCUCAACCCAUAGGUGUCCUUGUCAUUUCUGUAUUGUAUUCUGUACAUAUUUUACCAAGCACAUUGUAAACUAAUGUGAUACUGAGAUCUCAUUAUGUCUGGGUCCCUUGAAGGUCCUGGGAUGCGUUCCAUGUUUGUGCCAACUCAGCGCUUGCCGGCUGUCCUGGAGAGGCAGCAGCUGUCUGGGAGUCUCUAAGACAAGAGUCCAGGAAGGCACAGUUUUCUGGAAACCUCUAUGACAUGUGUGCCAGCCUCACAACUCUCCCACCCAGCACUGUGCCUGCAACCCAAAGCCCCCCUACCUCAGACCAGACCAACCAGGAGACACUAAAGGGACAGACACACAAACACAGCCCCACUUUGGCUUCAUUGUUGCUCCCUGCAUGCAGCACACUGCUACUCCUGCUCAGGAGUUAG